AUGUCGAGCCUACCUAAUGCUGAAACCCCGCUUGCAUAUCUUCAACCAACAUUAGCCAGUCAAUUUGAAGUUUCUCGCUAUCUUCUAGUUGCUACAUGUGGAAUGUUUUCCUGGGAUAUUCUGCUCAAUUUGCGGAAUGACUACCGGUUAGUUUCUAAGCAUGCACUGCGCCUCCCUACAUUGGUGUACUUCAUAUCAAGGAUUGCAGCUUUUGCAUACAUCAUCACUGGGACAGUUUUCACAAUUGGUGCUGUGGGAAAUUGCCAAGCAUUACAGGUUGCAAUUGGUUGUUGCUUUGCAGUUGCUGUUCCAGCAACUUCGCUCCUUUUCUUCCUUAGAGUAAGAGCCAUAUUCAAUGGUGACACAGUUGCAGUGAUAUUUUUUGGUUCCCUUUGGCUCGCAACACUUGGAGGCUCAAUCACUGUCCCUUUUGCCAUUAACGGUGCUCAUAUCGGCCCAACCAAUCACUGUAUUAACACUGGUGUCAAGCCAUUCAGCUCUGUUGGAAUCAUUAUAUCCACAGUCAAUGAUACACUGAUUUUCAUUGCUAUCUCGUGGCGUCUGUUGCAAGCAACCACAUAUGAUGACUCUUGGAAAGGUCGUUUGAGAUCAUUCAUCAAGGGGAAAGGUCUUCCAGCAUUCUCUCAAUCUCUUCUACAAAGUGGGCAGGAGUACUAUCUUGUUACAGUGGGAGGGAAUAUCCUUACCAUGGGGAUGAUUUUGGCCCCAGCAUCUCUUCCAGCAGUUUUUCAUGCAAUGUUCACAGUACCUAAUAUUGCUAUUGGGAACUCCAUGGCCUGCAGAGUUUUCCGGGAUAUCAAAUUUGGACAUAUCAAUGCUACAUCCACACUGGGAAGUACCACCCAAAACAGGAAUACUCUUCCCUCAUUUGUGGCUGCUCAUUCUCCCCCAGCUCAGCAAAAUCAUGGAAUAAAUAAGUGGCUUCACGGUAGCCCGGGAUUAUCCUCUGACAUAGAAUCUUUUCCAACUUACAAUGGGGUACCUGUACACAGCGAGCCCAUCCAAAGUCUCAAGUCUACCCAGAGUGUCACUGGUGAGGACAUUCCCAUGGCAGUUAUCUUGACUUAA